UUAAACAAUUCUUCUGUUUGUUUGGAAUGGCAACACAGAAUUGUGGAGGAUUGUUCUUAACCUGCUGUGUGCUUUUGCUUGCUUUGUUUGCCGGAGGGGAAAGUUUUGCGCCCAAAAACAAGGAAAACUGCACAUACGCAGUUACAAUUGAAACAACAUGCACAAAAGGUGCUUCAACCUCUAGCAACAUUAGCCUGAGAUUUGGCGACACAAAUUCUAAUGACGUAUUGGUAAAGCACCUAAACUCGAAGCACAUAAGAAAGGUGGAUCCAGUAGACCCUCAAGUCCUCGAUGAUGUGCCCAAAAAACCAUUUCAUGCUUGUGUUGUGGAUCAAUUUCAAGUGAUGGGUCAAUGCGUUGACUCACCCAUCUGCUAUUUGUAUCUUAAACUGGCCGGAAUUGAUGACUGGAGGCCUGGUUUUGCUCAAGUCCAUGUCUUGGAGGGAUCUCACUCUCAUCUUAGCUCCGAUUACUUCUACUUUCGCCGGUACCUACCUCGUCGUGCUUGGCAUGGUUUGGAUAUGUGUGAUAAGGAGGCCACUCCCUUUGGGAUCAAGCAUAAAAGAAAACUCUUUGCAAAGAAGAAAAAUAUGUCCCUGCAUGCCAUGAAUACUGAAUUACUGAUUAACUUUUAGGUCAUCAUCUUAUAUAGUAUGAAUACUUAAUCUAAAGACUAUUUGGCUUCUA